AUGGCGCGCUUGGUGGAACGCCUCGGGAUCGCCUUUGCACAGGAUGUCUCGCUCACCUCUCAUCCGCUCCCCACACCAUGCCUCCCCUCCCCCCUCACUCGCUCUUCAUCCCUCCCUCUAUCCACCCUGCGUUCUCCCCCUUCCCCCCGCCCUCCCCUCGUCUUUCCCCUCACUCACCCCCCAUUCUCCCCACCCACUCACCCUUAUUCACCUCACCUAUAUAUCCCUAGUCUCUCCUUCCCACCCCCUCACGGUCCAUCUGUCGUUCCCCCUCCGCUCACCCCUCAUCUCCCCCCACGUACCUCCGUCUCUCACCCCUCAUCUCCCCCCACGUACCUCUGUCUCUCACCCCUCAUCUCCCUGCUCUUCUCCAACCUCUCUCCUCUCUGCUCACGCCCCACACACCGCUCAACCCCCUUCCCACGUAACACUCAUCUUGCCUGUCCCCUCUUCCUUCUCUUCCCCUUCAAUGUCAACCAUCUAUGUUAUACCCUUUCCAGCAAUAUUAAUCAACAAUGUCAACCGUUAAUCUCAGAUCAAGUUACAACUUUCCCCUUCUCUCUCUCCUCCCUCCUCCCCCACAAACAUCUCCUCUGGGCCCCCUCCCUUCCUCCCUGCGCACCUCCCCGCUACUCUGUUGGAUUGCUUGUCACCCUCCUGUACCCUCAGUACCUGUCACCACAAGCCACUUGA